AUGGUAAUACCGCGCUCACGCCCGAGGCUGCCUGGCCGCAGGGUCCCAGAGCCGCGGGCAUGCAGUUUGCAGAAGUUGUUUGCUGUGGAAGAGGAGUUUGAAGAUGAGGAUUUCUUGUCUGCUGUGGAGGAUGCAGAGAACCAGUUUGCUGGCUCGCUGCCUGUCAGUGUUGCCUGCCUGAGACCUGUCUCUUCCAGGCCACAGGAGAUUGUGCAGGCACAGCCUUCCAGGCUGCCACCGUUGCAGCCCACUGCACCUUCAGAGGCUUUGGGCCUGUCCGCUGUGGGACUCCGCCUCCCUACCUCCAGCAUGCCCAAGGCUAUCAGGGGUCCACCUUCCACAGGAACAGCCCCACUAAGGCCUGUCUCAACUUCUGGCAUCUGGACUGGCAAUCAGAGAGGAGUGACACUGACAGAAGUGCUCAGAGAGCCCGCAAGACACCAGCCCUCUACCCCACACCCCCUCCUCACAUUUGAGCGCCAACAGCAGGGGGUUGGUGGCUUUGAUGAGCCUGAACAAGACGAAUUUGAUGAGGUCCUGGCAAGCAUGGAGCUGGAGGGGCCUGGCAGGGAGACGGAACUUGGAGUCAGCAGUGAGGCCCCUCGAAUCUUGCCUGCCCAGCAGCGGGAAGACCCAGUAUUGACUAAAAAGGCCUGGGUGGUUGAUCUGAGUGGAUCUUGCCAGAAAGGGCCCAUUCCUGUCACCCAUAUACCGGGUAUCAUGUCAGCCCAGGAUGAGCCUGUAGAUCCUGUUGUCCACUGUAGGACUCCACGGCCCCACUUGAAACCUGGUGCCACGGGUAACCUUCCCUUUCCAACUGCUUCAGCAGUUCCCACUCAGCAACCCCAUAGGGAAGUCUGUCCCAAAGACCCUCCUCUUCGAGCACCCCAGCCUCUCCAAGCUGCUGGAGGGCCCAUUCAGAGCAGCCCUCAGAAUUGUUUCCCUAGUCAGCCAUUUCAGUCUCCAAGUGCCUGGUUAAGUGGCAAAGCUCAUUUUCCUGGACCUCGAACUCCCAGUUCAGUCUGCUCUACUCGCUCAAGGACUAGCUCUGGAUCAUUUCCACGGGAGCCCUUACAGCCCCGAGCUCCAGUGUCUUCUGUUGAAUCUCCUGUCAGCACCCCGAAAGGCCCCCAUUCCUCCCUAGUUCCCCAGGCAGCUCUGCAGACUCCCAUUGUCACCAACCACCUGGUGCAGCUGGUCCAUGCUGCCAACCGGACACCCCAGCAGCCCACCCGCCCUUCCACCCGAGUCCGAACACGCCGCUUCCCUGGCCCAGCAGGCAUCCUCCCUGACCAGCAUAAUGGGAAAAAUCUGGAGAAGAUCAUGGUUUCCACCCCCCAGACUCCAGCUCAUGGUGCUCUGGCUAAGUGCCACACAGAGAUUGUUGCUAGUUCCCAGAUAUCAGUGGAGGAGGAUUUUGGGCGAGGGCCCUGGCUGACCAUGAAAUCUGCUCUGGGCCUGGAUGAGAGAGACCCCAGCUGCUUCCUCUGUACCUACAGCAUCGUCAUGGUUUUGCGGAAGGCAGCCCUGAAGCAGCUUCCCAGAAACAAGGUCCCAAACAUGGCGGUGAUGAUCAAGUCCCUGAAUAAGAGCACAAUGGAUGCCAGUGUGGUUUUCAAGGACCCCACAGGAGAGAUGCUGGGGACAGUGCACAGAUUGCUGCUGGAGACACGCCAGAAUGAGCUGAAGCCUGGCUCAGUGUUGUUGCUAAAGCAGAUUGGAGUGUUUUCUCCUUCGCUCCGAAAUCAUUACCUCAACGUGACACCCAACAACCUGGUCCAUAUUUACAGCUCAGAUUCUGGGGAUGGGAAGUGCUUCAAGCCAUCUCAGCCUUCCCCAAAGGGUCCAAAAAGCUUCCAUGGCAGUGUCCAGCAUGGUGUGGCCAGGGAAGGCCUCAGAACAGCACAGAACCUAGAGGCAGGGGCAGCCCCCGAGGAAGAACUCCCAGAAGCAGAUGACCUGGAUGGACUCCUGAGUGAGCUCCCUGAGGACUUCUUCUGUGGUACCAUGCUCUUCCCCACUCUGGACACCCUUGAGCGCUGGUCCCCACUGCUCACGGUCCUGGCCAAUCCCAGUUGCUUCACCUCCGGGUUUCUUGUGCGCUUCAUUGCCCCACGGGCUCUGAGCUUGCAGAAGGCAGGCUGGACACCUAAUCGCCUGGCACAGUUUCCUCCAGUGGAACUUCUGGGCUCCCUGUGGGCCCAUGGGCAGGUUGAAAGGCGCCUAGAGGCAGAACACUUUCUCCUGAGGGUGAAUGAGUUUGUGGCUUGA